AUUCCAUCUCUGAGCUAUUCAUAUCUUUUGGUGCGUGUGUGAUGGUACAAUUUUGUGUUGUAUGCUGCGUGUGUGAUGGCACAAAAAUUAUUUUGCUGUAAAUGUGCACGCUCAAUGAACAAAUCCUUGGUGCGGCACCGAAAGUCCGAAAGGAACUUCCAACCGAGCUUAGAGGCGUUGAGCUGCAGUUGCAGUGUAUUUUCUUCUUCAAAACUGUUAUGGUCUGAGCUAACUCAAGUAUCAUAGAUUUAUUUUAGCUACGGAGUAGUAACUACUGGGUAACCAGGAGAAUGAUCACAUAAAUAUGUGCAGGAUGCACUGUUGUCGAGCGUGUGGAUUCAGCAUAGUAUAGGCACCAAAAAUGGAAAUAAAAAAAAAUGAACCAUCGAGUAAUCCUUUGUAUCUUCCGACCAGGUCGGGCAGCAAAUCAUUACGACGGAACGGAGCACCCAAAACUGGAACGAGGUCCCUUGGUUGCCACAUUACGGCUCGUGUCAUCAUCAUCACUUGAACGCAUCAAAGCAACGAUGCAGACUAGAUUAGACAAGUUAUGAAUUCAUUUAUCUAUCUAUCUCUGCUUCCAUGUUAUCCAUCCACGGUUGCUUGGGCAUCACAACUACAGUAGUAGCUAGGAUAUAUACCGGGUAAUGAUAAGAGGCCAAAGAAAGAAGCAAAUCAAAAGCCAAGGCGUGAGAGAGCAUGCAUGCCAACGCCAUGCCCAGGACGAGGACGAUGAGGCGUGCAAGCAGAAGCUGCAGCAGGGCCGGGAGAGUCAUAUGGGCAUCAUCGGCCAUCUCCUCUGCUCUCCUCGCCAUCCUUCUCGCUUCCACACACCUCGCCCCUUCUCCUUCCACCAAUCCCCCAUCACUACUAGACGGCCGGCGGAGGCACUGCGACGAGGAGGCCAAAUGGGCGUCCAGCAUCGCGUCCCGCCUCAACAUCACCCAGAUCCUGACCGUCGACCGCCACGGCUGCGGCAACUUCAGCAGCAUCCAGAAAGCCAUCGACGCCGUCCCCGACAACAACAACCACAUCGGCACCCGGACACUAAUCACCGUGGGCGCCGGGACCUUCCACGAGAAAGUCACGGUGUGGAGCAACAAGACGGGACUGACGAUCCACGGCCGGGGCAACCUCAACAGCGUGGUGGCAUGGGACGACACGGCCGGCACCACCGGCGGAUGCACCCCGUGCAGCGCCACCUUCACGGUGCUGGCGGCCGGCUUCGUGGCGUACAACGUCACCUUCCGGAACGCGGCGCCGCCGGCCGGCCCUGGCGCCAGCGGCGGGCAGGCCGUGGCGCUGCGCGUGGCCGGCGACCAGGCCGCGUUCCACUGGUGUGGCUUCUACAGCGCCCAGGACACGCUGCUGGACGAGCAAGGGAGACAUUUCUUCCGCGGCUGCUACGUGGAAGGGUCCAUCGACUUCAUCUUCGGCAACGGCCGGUCGCUCUACCUCGGCUGCACCAUCAGCUCCGUCGCCGCCGCCGCAAGCGGCAGCAAUGCCGGCGGGAUCACGGGGAGCGUGACGGCGCAGGGGCGGCGGACGGAGGCGGAGAAGACUGGGUUCGCGUUCGUGCGGUGCAGCGUGGUGGGGACGGGGAGCGUGUGGCUGGGCAGGGCGUGGGGAGCUUAUGCCACCGUGGUGUUCGCCGAGACGUACCUGGCCGGGAUCGUGGCGCCGGAAGGGUGGAACGACUGGAACGACCCGGCGAGGCAGGGGUCGGUGAUGUUCGGGGAGUACGAGAGCUCCGGCCCCGGGGCGAACAAGGACGGGAGGGUGGCGUACGCGCGGCAGCUGGACCGGCGGCAGGCCGCGCCUUUCAUGGACGUCGACUACAUCGACGGGGGGCAGUGGGCGCUGCCGCCGCUAGCACUGGCGGCGCCGCUCCUUGCUCUGCCGCACGGCGACGAUUCGGAUCGUGCAUCAGGAGGACAAGUAAUGUAGAUCGUCGGGACAGGUUAAGAAGUUUUCUUACUGAUUUUCUUAUGCAUCAGUAGUAACUGACUACUGAGUAGCAUCAUUCUGUCACCAAGAAUUCACAGGAGAGAAAGAUUUAGGAAACGUUUGCAUAGCACCAGGGAAUCGAUGGAACUUGUGGAAAUGGCAUCUGUCUUGAAAAUUCACCGGAGGAAGAAAAAGAAGUUCAAAAGCAUAAAAUGUGUACGCCAAAACUGUCUCUAAGAAAUACCUACUUAUCUUUGCAAAAAAAACUAUUUAGGUUUAGAGGUGUCUCUAAACAAUGCAUCCGUGUUUUUGGCUACCUCUAAGUUUAGAGAUGCCGAGCAUUCAUAGUCAGGCAAAAAUGUCUCUAAGAUAAGAUCACUGACACCUUGUUUCUAUUUUUAUCAUGAAACUUUGCAGUGUUUAGAGGCGGUUGUUGCCUCUAAAAUGGGUCCCAUUGUAAAGCAAAUAAUCAUAUAAAAUCAGCAUGCUCAAUAAGUUUUGGCAAGAAAAAGAAUGUCAGAUGACGUCAAGAAAAUGUGCUAACACCUACACACGAAAACUUUAUUCUCUCGAGAAAAAUUCAAAGGAGAAAGAAGUGCCAAGGAUAUUAAAAAACAGUGUGCCGACACCAAAGAAAUGGAUAAAACUAGAAAAAUAGUGUUUUAUCAAGAAAAUUUUGGAAGAGAAAAUAUGCCAGGAGGGAUAAAUAAGUUUGCUAGCAUCCACAAAAUCGGUAAAACUAGAGGAAGAAAAAUAAAGUCUCGGUGAAAAAGAGUGAGGACCACAAAAGGUAUGCUAAGACGGAACACCCACACAAUCAAUAAAACCUAGGGAAAAAAUGUUAACAUCCGUGGAAUCAUUAAAAACUGGGAAAUGUCUGGAAAAUUUCACGGGAGUAAAAAAAUGUACAAGGACAUCCAAACACAUAUGCUAAUGCCUGCGGAAUUGGUAAGAAGUCCUAUUGGAAAAUGUUAAAGGAAAUUAUAUUAUAACCAUACAUUAUCUUUCCAGCGAACCAGAAGCCUGGCAAAAUCGAAUCAAAGCGAGCCGAAACAACAUUAUUAGCUUUGCACCGAAUUAAAAGGCACACGUGUGGCCAGACGAAAAAGGAGAGGAAAAAAAGGGGGUCUGCGAACAAAGGCGGCCUUUAUUCAUCCAUUCAUGGAGUUGUGAUAGGCAUCGAUGACAUGCGGCGAGCCCAGCCUUUCUUGUUCCUCUGGCUCGAGAGGUAUAUCCUGGAUGGAGAUUCCCGUUGCCAUUUGCCAUUGCCUUUGCCGUAGCCAUUUGCUAAAGGGUUUUAAAAAGCAAUAUGGCAUGGAAUGGAAAGAGGAGAUGGAGCCGCGCGCAUAUACCGCAGGAAGAUGCCCCGCGCCCAUCCAUCACGAACUAACUUUGUGGAUCGCUCGCUGUGUAUAUAAAAAGGCAGCAGCUUGGUAGCUCAGCUUCAUCUCUCGUUCUCAACUAGCUGCGUCACACAGAAGACAGAACCCACCGCCGGCCCAACCCCAUACGCAUCAUGGUUGCGGCGGCGCCUUUGCCGGGAUGAGGCCGGCUGCGGUCGAUCUGAUCGAUCGGCGGGCCGGCAGGGGGCUACUCUGAGACGCUUUGGCCUGGAGAAUUGCAGAUUCAUUCAGGCAAGCAGUAGGAGCAGAGGUCACAUAUCUCCCUCUUUCUCUGUCUGGGUCUCUCCUACAGGGCAAUUUCGAACCUUUGGCAAAUGAAUCACUUCGAUGAUGAGACAAGCAAUUUAGCUAGGUUAAUCAUAUACUGUAUCUCUCCAUGUGAGGAUGAUUUUAGUACAGGGUUAUUCAAUGUAGGAAAGGAUAUAUACUGUCAGUUCUUGCUAUUAGCUUUCAGCUGUCUUCGUUUUACUUCCUGUCGGCAAAGAGAAUUUGUGGUUGCGGAACAUGAAUAAUUGUUAUGAGGCGUUCGUUCGUUCGA